UUUCAUAAACUAAAAAAAAAUAAUGGUCAAGGUCUGCUUCCGGAAUUGGGCGUGGCCUUGGUUUGGCCAACUUGACAGGAGUCUGUCUUCACGUUGACUUUUCAAUCUUGGAGGGGCCGAGUGUCUGUCUGGGAGUCAACUAGCCGUCUAACUGCCCUCGUUCCGGAGAGAUGUUUGCCACAGCCACCAGGAAUUUUGUGGACGAGGUGGACCCCGGUGGUUUGUUGAUCCCGAUGAGAAGCGUCAACGACUCCAUCGCUCUGCUCACUGUGGUUGUGAGCCAGAAACCCUUCUGGUUCUGGCAGAAGCCCAAACAUCUGCCCACUGACUUUACCCUCAACGACCUCCUCGUAGGAGACACGCCUAUUACGCCAGUUUUAACAGAGAUAGACUUCAUCAAAUACAAUGGGACGUAUGGUGGCCACAUUCAAGGGUCAGUGGAUGCCACAUUCAUCCAGUCCAACGUGAACGUGGAGGGAAAAGAGUCUUCCAAACUCCAAAUGUCAUUUGGCAGUUUGAAGAAAGACGAAGUCGAUGUGCGCAGGCUCCUGCAAGAUUCAAAAAACAGGGUACUGGACAUGUCCCACUGUCUGAUCCAGCAGACCAAAAAAAAGUGUCAGGUGUUUGGUGUCGUGAAAGAGCGCAUCGUGACCAACCAGCCAUGUAGUGUCGUCGAGGAGCUACAGCAGGCCGGAAGCUGCGCUGGGACCUUCAGCCUCUGGGGUCUCAAGAGUCCAAAGGUGUUGCUGAAAGACAAUGCUAGCCUUGGCAAAGACAGCAACGUUGCCAUGGAGAUUCCCACCAACACCACCCUUGCCUAUGCACUCAUUGACCUCGUGGUGAAGCAUGACGGUCGCUACGAGCUGUGUCUGAUGUCAAGCGAGGGGGGCUUCGAGGUCGACAGCCCCACCCAGAGAAGUCUGGCAGGUGUCCCUGGAGCUUGCGGGCAAGACCAUCCUGACGGCAGCCAUCUUCCACGAGAACUGAAGAAUCUGGGUGCUCAUUUCCAGCUGCUGGCAGCUCUUCCCGCCUCCAGCAGGUCUUCUCUGCUCGAGAAAAUAACAGCACUCAUGGUAGACAAAGCGGCCCUCAAUGCUCUUCAGAGUGUGUUGGACCAGAUGAUCCUGGGAAAAAGUGUUAACACGGUCGACGUUUCCGAGGCGCACAAACAAAGCAUCCAGCCUGUUCUGGAAGUGCUGAAGGAAGCGGAAGGUGUGUCAGCAGCACAGAUGGAAGGCUCCGUGACGGUCCUCAGUGCACUUCAUCUUAUUACCAGUGCUUUGAGUGAACUGACUUGUGACAAUCUUGCUGCGCUGAGAGUCUGCAGCUGUCCAGACACGUUAAAAGUCAUGGACCUUCUGGUAGAGCACUUGAUGGAAAGCGGGGAGUCGCCGGCAAGCGGCGCGGACGUCGCUGCACUGCCAGAGAAUGUCUUGCCUGUCAUGGAACAUCUGUUCAACUCCUCCGGCAUGAGCCUGCAGAGAGACGGCGACACGGCCAGGAGCCAAAUCAACCAGCUGAAGCAACCAGGAAACCAACCUCUCAUCAUGUGUAUUGCUCUCCGAGGCCUCCGCUCACUUAACCCCCACUAACAAGCGCUUUAUAAAAGACCUUCCACUGUGAAGAACAAUCAUCCAAAUUGAAAAGCACCCAAUAACAUCCUUCAAAGACGAAUCACUUUUUAAAUUGUAUUACAGCACAAUUCACUUUUAGUGUUUGUAAAUAUGCUUUGUUCAUGUCAGAUGACAUUCUGAACUUUUCAAAUGAAAGUCUGUUGAUUUUUAUGUCUUAUCAAAUGUUGAACGCUUUAGCACUCCUGUCGAAAAAUAGUCAUGCCAUUUCCUUGGUUGUUUGAACGGUAAGCGGCAUAUUAGCAUACAUAAAAGCAUAUCUCGCUUCAGUGCAUGCCAUAGUCUGUGUGGAUCAUGUGAACCCAUUCAAAUAUUCUUCAUUCUGUCGUUCCUGCCUUUAAAAAAAUGAAUUAAACCGUUACACCUCCA